AUGGGAAGGCCAAGGUGCUUUCUUGACAUUAGCAUAGGAGAAGAACUUGAAGGCCGGAUAGUGGUGGAGCUUUACAAUGAUGUGGUGCCUAAAACCGCCGAGAAUUUCAGAGCUCUCUGUACUGGUGAGAAGGGCAUUGGACCAAACACUGGUGCUCCUCUCCAUUACAAGGGAGUUCGUUUUCAUCGUGUUGUCAAAGGUUUUAUGAUUCAAGGGGGUGAUAUUUCUGCUGGAGAUGGUACUGGGGGAGAAUCUAUAUAUGGAUUGAAAUUUGAGGAUGAAAAUUUUGAAUUGAAACACGAAAGGAAAGGCAUGUUAUCGAUGGCUAAUUCUGGUCAGGACACCAAUGGGUCUCAGUUUUUCAUCACAACAACUCGCACUUCUCAUCUAGAUGGGAAACAUGUUGUUUUUGGGAAGGUAGUUAAAGGAAUGGGAGUUGUCCGUUCAAUUGAGCACAUAACCACUGCUGAGAGUGAUUGUCCCAAUGUUGAUGUUAUAAUUGCGGAUUGUGGAGAAAUUCCUGAGGGGGAAGAUGACGGAGUUUCUAAUCUUUUCAAAGAUGGUGAUAUUUAUCCUGAUUGGCCAGCUGAUAUUGAUGAGAGUCCUAUUGAUCUUUCUUGGUGGAUGACCUCUGUAGAGUCAAUUAAGGCUUUUGGUAAUGAAUAUUAUAAGAAACAAGACUAUAAGAUGGCUCUUAAAAAGUACCGAAAGUCUUUACGCUAUCUGGAUAUUUGCUGGGAGAAAGAUGGAAUUGAUGAAGAGAGGAGUUCAAGUUUGAGAAAGACCAAGUCACAGAUUUUCACAAACAGCUCUGCUUGUAAAUUGAAGUUGGGGGACCUGAAAGGAGCACUGUUAGACACCGACUUUGCAAUGAGGGAUGGAGAAGAUAAUGUUAAGGCUUUGUUUCGCCAGGGUCAGGCAUACAUGGCGCUUAAUGAUAUUGAUGCUGCAGUUGAAAGCUUCAAAAGGGCAUUGGAUCUGGAGCCAACUGAUGCUGGAAUAAAGAGGGAGCUUGCCGCUGCAAAGAAGAAGAUUUCUGAUAGACGUGAUAAGGAGAAGAAGGCCUACAGCAAGAUGUUCCAAAAGUAG